AUGUUGAACACCGUUCGAUUUGCUUCAGGCUCUACUGCUAGGAUCGCAGCAACCGCUGUUUCCUCCUCCAGGAGAUUCUUCCAUGCGUCACCAACUGCGCACAAGACGGUGACGGAAAAGGCAUCUGAGGUGGCAGACAAAGUCAACAAAAAGCUUGGCAAAGGCCUGGCUUCUGCCAUUGAUAAGGGCGAGAAGGCAACGUAUGCGGCGAAAGACUCGAUAGAUUCGGUGGCGGGAACCGUGGAGAAGAAGGCCAAGGAGGCUGGAACUGCCACGAAGCAGAAAGGAAACCAGGCCGCAGCUGGCGCUCGCGAGACGAAAGAGGAUAUGGAAAAGAAACUGUGA